AUGUCUGACUUAAAUGACGAAAAAUCACCUUUUUUUGAUAAGCGUGAUGAAAAAUUCAUCAAGUUAAUAUCGAACACUUAUUUCUUUGAAAUGUUCAAUAAAAAAAAAAUGAAAUGCGAUUAGAUUAUACCCCAUUCAAUUUUGUUUUCUAAAGGUUAACCAAUAGCUUGGUAUUUUAACUCUGUCAAAGAAAAAACACCUAUUAUUUUAAGAAAGAAUUAAGAUAAACUGCAUUUAUAUGAAAUAGCUAAGCAUUUCGUAGGAAUGGGUAAUUUAGAGGACUACAAAGCAGAAAAUCUGAUAUCAUUGAACGAGUAUAUGCAAAAAACAGAUUGUACAUAGCCUGUUUGCAUUUUAAAAUACAUUGAUGGUAAAUACGAUGUAAUGACAGCUAAGGAUUUAGUUAAAAUAUUUGCAAAUGGAAUAAAUUUAACUCGUAUAGCUUUGAUUUAAUCGUACAUAUAAAAUCAUUCUAAAGCUCAUGAAACAUAUUACGUUGAAUUUAGGCAGGAGGAUAUUACAUUGCAAGGAAAUUUUAAAUUUUUCAAGAAAUCUCCUGUAAUUGAUAUACUGAAUAAUUCAAAGAGGAGUUAUUUUAAAUACUUAGAUGAGUCAAUGAAUAAAAAGCUUCAAAGUUGCUGCUAAAAUAUAAUGAUGUUUAUAGAGAAGGCUUACAAAGUGAAAGUGAGGAAAAUGGUUGCAAAAUUCUUAAUUGACAUUACUCAGAAAAUAUACUUUUUGGGUAGUGAAAACUUAAUGAUAGAUAUUACAGCUAAUUCUCCUUAUUAGUAAGAAUAGCUUGAACACGAGCUAAGAGAACCACCAAAAGGAAAUGGAUGUAAUUCUUUUAAUGAGUUUGUAGGACUGUGCAAAUCAUACAAGAAGAAAAAUUUAGGGAAUACAGCCACUUCAACAGCUUCAACAUUUAAGCUUCCUAAAGUAGUGGUUGAUAAUGAUAAAUAAUAUUCUUAAAAACUAUACAAAUAAUUAAGAUUGGAGAAGUGUAAGGGUGAUUUUUGUGAUUAUCAAAUAGCAGAACAAAAUAAAGGAUUUUUAGUAUUUAGAAAGCAUCUCUUGCAGGAAUAUUCAAAACACUUUACAGGGAAGAAAAAGAAUGAGAUGGAAUUUGUUUAAAUGCAAUUGCCACAUGAGAUUUCAAAUCAGCUAAUCUUAAAAGCUAGAUAAAAGAGUGAUUUGGUUGUUGAUUUAUUUUUUAAGAAUAGAAUAUUUUCUAAAAAUAGUAUGUAUAUCGAUAUGACAGAAUUAGAAAUUAUGAAUCAUAAGAUGGAUAAAGAAGUCGAAUAUCCCUUUAUUCUUAAGAAUCAUUAAGCAGAUAACUAUGAGAAUUUAUAUAAAAAUGUUAAAAUUUGCAAAAAUUGUUUUACGUUUUAUUAGUUUUUGCAAGAACAUUUUGAUAAAGACUUGCAGAACUAGAUGAAGACUACUAGCAAAGUUGAAUCAUUAAAUCAAACAAGUAUCGAAGGUACUUAAAAUAAUAGUUUUAAUAAUUAUGCUCGAUCAGAAAAGAGUUUAAACACUAAAAUAAUUAAAAGAAACUCUUUUUCAAAGACCAAUACAACGAUUGAUUAAAGUCAUUUAGAUACUUCAACAUCUAUGAAAUAACGAGCUGAAUCAAAUGGGAGCUUAUAAAAAAUUAAAAAUACUUCAUAGUAGAAUAAAUUUGAAAAUACAAUAAACAGAAUUUAAAAUAAAUAAACACUUCUCAAAUAAAAUGAAAACAAAGAUGAAAAUUCUUCUAUUUAACCAAGAGAUCUAAGAUCAGCUACAGAAAUUUUAAAUUAACUUGAUAAUAAUUAGUAAAAAUCUUUAAAUUCUGCUAUGAAGCCUCCCUUAAUUAGGAAAAGUGCCUCAAGCAAUAUUAAAGUUAGAUUUUAAAGACAAAGCUCGUAAAAGACUUUAGCUGAUGAAUAAAAUAACAAUAAGCUGAAUAAUCAAAAUAACUAGAAAUCAAGUUCAUUUUUUUCAAAUACCAGUGAAAGCCAAGACAAUAAAAAUGAUGCAUAUUUAAAAGUAAAUGAAUAUGUAAAAUCUCAAAAUUAGCAAAAAUAAAUAUCAAACAGACCUUCUUCCAACGUAUCGGAUAAGUAGUAAAGAUUCUUUGAGAAAGUUUUUGAAGAAAUGAACUUGAAGAACUCUAAAGGAAGCGUAAAUUCGAUGACAUAAAAAGAAAUGGAUUUGAAGAAAAAAUAUCAAGACCCAAAUUAAAAGAGUGCAAUUAACUUUAGCAGCCAAAAGAAGUUAAAUAAAUAAGAAAAUAGUCUUGAUCCAAAAAAGGAUUCUAGAUACAUGAACUUCUUGAACUAUGAUAAGUAAAAUAGAAUAUUUAGAUAACAAGAUAACGAACUCUAGCAUCUAGAAAAGGAACUUAAAGCCUUAAAUAAAAACAUUACGUUAAAUCUGAUAGAUCUUACAUAGCAAAAAGAAUAAAAAUUGAAGUCAAUCAACCCAAAAGAUGAAGGAGCAUUUUUAUCUAAAUAAAAUGAAAAAAGAAAAAUUAUCAUACAAAAUGCUAAAAGCGAAUCAGAAGCAAGAUAAUAAUUAUAAAUUUAUUAUGUAAGUAAUUCGCACAAUAAUUAAUCAAAUCUCUUUUCUUAGGUUUCAAAGUAUUAACCUUCUUAAAAUUUGCAGCAUCUCAGAAAGCUGCCUGCAUUUUAGCUAAGUACACCUCUCAAGCCAUUUGGAGAAGAACACAACUUGCAAAAAAUAUCAGAUAUAAAUUUAUAUAAGGUGAUUGAGCUAAUGAACUAUCCUUAGACUCUAUCAGACACAACCUUUUUAGAUUAAAUAAAAUAUUGCAUAAUAGACAAAUAUACGGCCAUUCCUUAUUUACUGCUUUACCCAUAAUCUCAAUAAGUAAAAUCAGCCUAUUUUAACAUAAUAUGUCUCGAUUUCUUCGAUUCAUUUUUAGAAUACAGAUAGCUUUUUUAUCAAGUUCAACAGAAAUUCCCUGAUCAAUCCUUUUUAUUUAUGAAUUUCCCUGGAUAGGCCCAUACUGUAUUUAAAGAGGAAAAUUAAUUUUAUGAUUGUGAUUAUAAUGUAAAAGUUAUAGAUUAGCUUUUAUUUGAGCUGAGUGAGGGUGGUUUCUUUGAUGGGAAUGUUUAAAAAGUCAGGUGUAUUGGAUUUGGAUACGGAACUUAUAUUCUUUAAUCUUUUAUAAUAUAAAGCCAUAGACACUUGGAUAUUCCUUCUGCUUGCUUUUACAAUUCUAUAAGUAAAUUUGAUAAAUAACUUAAGGAAACUUUAAAGCAAAGCUUAGAGGUAUUUGAAUGCACUCCUAAUGAUAUGCCAGAUUUAUCUUUUAGCUAUUAUUCUGGUUUAUGCAAUUCUAAGCCUCUAAAUGAAGGCUAAAUAAAAGCAAAAAUGAAGAACAACCCCAUUUUCAAUAUAGGAAGAUGCUUAAUUUUGCAAGGUGCGCUGGAAUCUAAUGAAGUUUUUGAUAAGUUUUAAAAAGUUACAAAUCUAAAAGUUUACCUAGUUCACUCUUUGCAAAAUUGCCUAGUUAGUAUAACUUAAAGCGAAAACCUUUUAAAAAUACUGUAAGUUGAACAAGGAGUAGAAAAAGAAGAGACUGAAGGGUAAAUCGAUAGUAGAAAGCUUUAAAUUGUAUAAGGAAAUCAUUGUAUUUUAGAGGAUAAUCGUGAAUAACUACUUGAUACACUUUGUUCUUAUUUAAUAAGUGAGAUUGAAAUAUGA